GCGCAGGGGUCAGAGGGCGAAUUGUGAUGCCUACACGAGCGAGUGGGGGGGGGGCUCUUAUGAACAAGCACACACACACACACACACACAUUGGCACAACAUCUUCGCAGUUGAGAUUAUUAACACACCAAGCAUGGGUCAAACGAGUAUGUUGCUGUCGGCAUGGCUCAUUCAAGAGUAACUGCACUGAACACACACAUCACACAAGGGGGGAGAGGGCUUCACCGGCAGAAAUGUGAAGGUCAACAAACGAUUGAAGAACAAAUAGUUUUGAAUUCCUACUGUGACUUUCAAGAGAGUCAAGGAGUUGGGUUUUGGAUGUUUACACAAUGUGCUUUCUGGCAUUGGAAAUACAUAUGGCCACGUAUCAAUUUGAAUGCCACCUUAUUUCUAUUAGAAACGCUGGUACAUGCGAGUCUUCCUCUCAUUGUUGAUGCCAGAAGAAUAGUUUGAGUUUGUAUUGUUAAUGGGCUAAAGGGGUUGUGUUGCACCCGAGUGAAAUUUGGGCAUAAAGACAAGUUUAAAAAAAGGAAAUAACUAACAUCUUCAGCCUUUACAGACAGUGCAGAGAUCAGUUAAAAGCUCAGGUUGUGCAACAAGCCACGUUGGAUCGUUUCCACCCACAAAAAAAGAGCUGAGAAGUCGAGUCAACAUUAUCAUGCACAAGACUAUUUGCUUUCAUGUUGCAGCCGCAUAAAAGGAUGCCUCGGGUCCAAUGCAUCAGCCAACAGAACAUAUACUGUACAUCUGAUGAAUUGUUGGGGGGGGGGAAUGUGUUUUUAGGAAAAUGUCAAAUGUAAUUGGUGUUGUAUGCAAAGUGUGCAGGCAAGAACAAUGCAGCUUGAGCGAAGCAUCAAGAUUAAAGAUUAAAACCACAUAGAACAUUGACAUAAAUUCACAUUGGAGGCUGCUAGAAAAACAGUCCGAUAGGCCGACUGGUAUUUCCUGGUGUGUGCGUGUGCAUGCGUGUGCGUGCGUGCGUGCAUGUGCGUGUGUGUGUCAACCCAAAGGCAAAUCAAUAUGUAAAGCACUAAAGUGCCACCAGGGGAGGACUCGAUGCAAAGUGACGAAACCUGUUCGACCGAGGCGACCGGUUGAGGAAACGUACACCUUACUUCCGGCUGUCGCCUUAAACUUUACACAAAGCAAUAAACACAACGAAGCCCUUCAGACCCCACACACUGCUGCAUGGCGUCCUCACAGGAACACACAGCUGCCCUCGAUGGACAAGGAAGUGGAGUCGAGGUGCAGUUCCUGGCUCGAGCUCUAACUACCUGACAGGUGCAACAGGAGAGGAUACGAGGCAGCGUUCAAGAACUUUGAGCCCCAAGCCCUGGACGUGUCCGUGGUGGGACGGUCUUUCAUGAUCACCGGAGCCAACAGUGGAAUUGGCAGAGCGACAUCUAUGGCUAUCGCCAAGAAAGGUGGGACGGUCCACAUGGUGUGUAGAAACAAAGGUAAAGCAGAGGAGGCCCGGUCGGAAAUCGUCCGUGAGUCUGGCAACACGGAGGUCUACGUCCACAUCGUGGACAUGUCGGAGACGCACGACGUCUGGGAGUUUGCGGAGGCCUUCAAGAGUCAGUACCCAGCCUUGAAUGUGUUGAUAAAUAACGCAGGGUGCGUGGUGCACACGAGAGAGGUGACCGCCGAGGGCCUGGAGAAGAACUUUGCCACCAACACGAUGGGAGUGUACAUCCUCACGCAGACUCUCAUACCACUUCUACAGAAGAGCCGGGAUCCAAGGGUGAUCACUGUGUCCUCAGGAGGCAUGCUGGUCCAGAAACUCAGAGUCCACGACCUGCAGUCAGAGACGGGCUACGUGGACGGCGUCACGGUCUACGCCCAGAACAAGAGGCAGCAGGUGGUGCUGACACAACAGUGGGCCAAGGCUAAGCCAGCCAUUCACUUCUCUGCCAUGCAUCCAGGCUGGGUGGAUACUCCAGCUGUUUCUACAUCGAUGCCCCAGUUCCACCAGAUGAUGGGGGAGCGGCUGCGCAGCGUGGAGCAGGGAGCAGACACUGUGGUGUGGUUGGCCGUGUCCAGAGCUGCUGGCAGGACACGCAGCGGGCUCUUCUUUCAAGAUCGUACGCUGGUUCCAGCCCACCUGCCUCUGGCCUGGACUCACAGCUCUGCUGAAGAAAUUCAGGAUUUCAUGACUCAGCUGGAGACUCUGGCCAGACCUCUCACUCAAAACCUGAUGCUUACCGGCUCUUCCGGACCUCUAUUUGUCUGAAUAUCCCGAUACAGAUGUUACGCCACAUGUGACCGACACAUUAAAGCACAAGUUGCAAUAACAGCAAUCUCUGAAAAAUAAUGUGGUGUUGA